GCAUAAUGUAUACCACCAUCUCUCAUUUCACCAUCUUAACCAUCGUCUUCGUGGCAACCCUCACAAACGGGAUACCUACAACCACCUACCCAUCCCUAAGCGAAAUCUCCCAGACACCACAAUCAGACUCUCCCUCAGGUACCAAUCAUAAUACAGGUGUUCUCGCUCUUACAGAAGCCAAUUAUCCAUUCAUACCUCCCAAAGCAACAGAUCUUCGUUCCCCCUGCCCCGCCCUCAACGUCCUCGCAAAUCAUGGAGUGCUUCUUCGCGAUGGUCGCAACAUCGAUCUUCAGAUGUUCAAAGAUGCCGCCAAUCUCGGAUUUGCCAUUGUUCCAGCUGCAGUUGAAGUCAUAGGCAUCCCCUCAAUAUUAACUUCGACCACAGGAAAUGCAUCUACAGUCCACCUCUCGGAUAUGGCAGCACGACAUUAUCCCCUAAUUGUGGACCACGAUGCCUCUGCUUCGCGACAGGAUGCGUAUUUCGGGGAAGCGAACAAUCUUAAUUGGGCACAGUGGAACAGAACGUUGGGGAUUUGGGGAGAUGAAGAGAUUAUCACCGUAAGUUAUCAGUUGCUUAUUUCUUUCUUGUUUGCUUUUAGUUCGCUAACCCCCUUUGCUACAGAUGAGAAUGGCGGCCGAAGACCUCAAGGCCCGCUUCGCUUGGAGCGCAGCAAAUAACCCAGAAUUCAACGCCACACACGCUAGGAUGCCAUGUCUUCUCCAAUACGGCCUCAUGCUUUCCACUUUUGGAAACAUCGUAACGGGAGAUGGUAACAAGACGAUGAUCAGGUAUUUCGUGGAAGAAGAGAGGUUUCCAUUCCACAUGGGUUGGACACCUUGUAAUAGUGGUGCUUGUGGUCUUCAAUUUUCUACCAACUCGCUGCUGGCUGGGAAUAUCUCUCUUAUUUGGGAUCGUUUGCGAUAAAAGGAGAAGGACUGGGGGGUGAAGAGCAAGGCAGCUCAUAUGAGAGUUUGGCUUGCGGGGAUUGUAGAUGAUUUUAAUGAAUGUUUUUUGUUGAUAGGUAUAUGUAUGGAAUGCUGGGAAAGCCAGAAUGAUUAAAU